CAAGCUGGGCGGCCAGUCUCGAGUGAGUGUUAGUGAGGGGUGGACGUGCACUGCGUUGUCUCUGGUUGGAUUAAACACAUACCAAAAGCCGCAACCAUGGGAGUGUGUUGUUACCAGUGUCUGAAGUAUAUGGUUAUGAUCUUCAACCUCCUGUAUUUGUUACUCGGAGGUGCGCUGUUGGGAACAGCAUUAUGGAUGUACUUGGACGCUGCCGAUAUGGCGCCCGUGACAGCGGACAUCGAAGGCUACAACUACAUACUCUACUUCUUGAUGGCCGUCGGAGGCGUCAUGUUCAUCAUGGGCUUCCUCGGCUGCUGUGGUGCCUUCCAAGAGUCUCAGUGCAUGUUGGCUACCUUCUUCGCUCUGGUAUUGGUUAUGUUUGCUGGUCAGAUUGCUGCUGGAAUCUGGCUGAAGUCGAAUGAAGGACGAUUCACAAGUCUGGCAGAGAGUUCGCUCGCCAGUUCUAUUCAACACGAUUAUGGAUUUGCCGAAUUGAAAACUACCGCCUUUGAUGUUAUCCAGAAGGAGCUUAAGUGCUGUGGCUCAAUUAGUCCUAGUGACUGGGCCGAAUCCCGUUACAAUGGAGCUGACGAGAAAGGAGCUGGCAUGGAAAUUGGAGUCGCUGCAGUGCUGGGAACUUACAAGGUGCCUCCUUCAUGUUGUGUGAGCGAAGACGAGAGUGCGUGCGAGUUGAAUCGUGAAGUUCCUUUAGCAGGCCCUAUCCUUGGUACCAUCCAUUCUGAGGGUUGUGCAAAGAAGAUGAUACAAAUGAUCCACAAACACAGCUAUGAGGUCCUUGGAAUUAUUGCAGCUAUAGUACUCAUUGAAGUUCUUGCCAUGAUCUUCUCUAUGGUCCUGUGCUGCACUGUCCGUCGCAUUGACCACGUAAAGGCCUAGGAGGAAAACAGCUCCCCAAUAUAUGACCUGGGGAUGGAGAGUGAAGAUGACGAUCCUACUGUUUGAGAGGGAUUGCUUGGGUUUCCACCUGUACAUUGACUCAAUUUUUCUGAUGCUUAGUUCAGAAAGUAAACUUCUAUGAAGAUAGAAUUAGUAUACAAGUAUUUAGCAAAGUAGGGGAAGAGAGCUGCACAGAAAGGUAUAUACUUAAAUACUUUUUUAUUCUUGAAAUUUGUGGUUGAAUUCCUGAAAAGUAAGGCGUAGAUACUGUAUUCCUUAUAAGUUAUAGUAGCUCAUAUUUCACAACCUGAUACACAUGCUUAAAAGAAACCAAAGUUUAUAAUACUAGGACAUACUAAAUUUGAUUUCAUUUUUGCAUUUAUGGAAUGGUGCCGGAAGAGAAGUUCAUACGUAUUCAAUGAUGACUGUACUAGUACUUGGAUUGUGAGCAAAUAACAGCGUUCUCUUAGAAGAUAGAAAAUACAGUACAGGGGUAGAUUUAGCAGACAACAAAAGCCUAUUUUUGUAUUUAAUGAAUUCAAGGAUUGAUUUAAAAAGAAGCAGCAAAUGAGGUUUUUUUAUGAAGUGUUUACUACUUUGAUAUCUAUUUCUGCGUAACAUGCAUAUUUGGUUGCAUUAUUUUUAUGAUCUCUUGUUAAUACUCUCCUUCUGUUAGAUAUAAAGAAAAUGAUAAGUGCUUACACUGGCGCUUCAUGAGUAAAGUAGUUUUGUACAGCAUGUUAUUGGGACCAGCAUGAUAGUUACAAGUCAGUGGAUAGAUUGGUGUUGACCUGACGGUGUGUUCAAUCAGGGAAAUGGGUGUAUGCAUUUCACACAUUUCUGUUCUCAUUUUGAUACAAGUAAAGCUAAACGAAUAACAGUACUUGUAUCCAUUUUAGAGUUGAGAACUUGUAAGUCAUAUUGUGAUUAUAACAUGACUGGCAAAUCAAAAUUGAUAGAAAAAUAUAAAAGAUAUUCUUAAGCAUUUUUUUACUUUAGCUUGUUUUCUCUCUUUCUCUCUCUUGAGGCAGUCACACAAGAACCAAAGUCUUAUUUUUGUUUGUUUGUUUGGCUAUGAAUCAUUUCAAUAUACCUUUGAAGUUGUAAUGUACAACCCCAUAGAUCUGUAGCAGUGUUGUGGGGUGACGGUUGUUGCUGUAGCUGCGGCUGGUAUUUCUGAACUUGACUUCACUGUAAAUAUAACACAAACACACUAAGGAAUAGUUUCCCCCUCUACCAAGAUGAUAAAUAACCAUCACAUUCCUUUAGAAGCAUGGAAUUAAUGAAAGUGAAAUGAGCAUAUGAUAUGCAGUGUGCAUUUACACAUCCAGUAUAAAGUAUAUGCAAUAUAUGCUUCUUCAGUGUAUAUGGAAAUGCAUAGUUUAAUUGUAUACUAACUUUAUAAAUUUGUAAUAUAUAGUAUACUUUAACUUAUUGUACAUAUAUACUGGUGAUGUCUUAUUGCUCCUUAUAAAACAGAGCAUCUUUGCUGUAUGUGUCUGCACAGAAGUUUACAUCGCAUAUCAUAACCUUUUGGUAUCGUGUUGAAAUUGCUGUGCAUUUAUCUCAAGUGUUCACAGAUGUUAACAAAAUUUUAUGCACAUUAUGGUUCUGGUAACUGCUAUGUAUCAGCAUAUAAUACUACAUUUAUUUUGUGUAUAGUAGAUGUUUGAAGUGAGUGAAUAACAGAGUGCAGGAAAUAUUUAUACCUGUUUAUGCCUUAGCUCCAGUUUGAGGUCAGUGAUAAGUAUACACACAUUUAUGUAUUUAUUGAAUUAAAAAGAAAUGCAAAAAACAAAAGUUGUUCAUUAUGUAUGGAAAGAAUUUUUUUCUCCAUCACAUACUGUGUCAGAGGCAGAAGUCUGGUAAUUGAUGUUUUUUUGAAAGUGUUCCCUUACCACAUGGAUGUCUGUUUCUAUUAUUUAAUUUUAGAAUUUGUCUCCUUUGUAAGGUAUUUAGUGCCAAUGCUGUUGAAUAUUCAAAACUCAGAUUUUUAUAAUUUAUUUUAAGUACAUAUGAUUCUUUUUUCAUUUUUUGUGAAAUGUUGAAAUUUUUUGUGCAACAAAUUUCUGUUAGAAUGUAAGUUAGUAGUCUAAUAUUCCUGUAUUUUCUGAAUAUCCUAAAAUUAGGAAUAUGAACCUAUUAUUAUGAAACUGUGCAUCUUGGAAGUAUUUUUUUUUCAUUAGUUUCAAAAUGAUUUUGAAGUGCUGACAUUCAUUACACAAGCAAAAAGGUUAUAGGCAUUUUGCAUUUACUUUUAUUUUUGUAGAUCUUGGUAAAUUAUUAAGAUUACCAACAUUUCAUGUUCAAGUUUGUACAAAGAAUAUAUUCAUUAGUUUUCCUUUAGAUGUAUUUAAAUUCCAUAUUUAGCUUGGGCCAUAAUUUUAGAUAAACUUUUUUGGAUGAGGUGAUAUAGCAUUUGCCAUUCUAGUUUUCUCUUUAGUCUUGACAGUUAUUCCAGGAUGCACCUCUCCUUUGUACAUAAAAAUUUGUGCAUCAAAUUGCCACACAGCAUGUAGGAACCAAGUGAUAGGAAUUGUGAUUCUUUACCUCAUAUGAAAUUGAAUAUGGUUGUUGAAGAAAACUACUGAUGUCUUGGGAUAAAGAUAUGAUGUCUAAUUCACCAAAUUUGAUGACAUUUGUCGUGGCGGCGACAUACGUAUUUGGUAACGUUAAUUUACAUAUUAGCCAUGAUUAACAGGACUUGAACCAUUCCUCUAGUGCUUCUUAUUGUAGACAUCCCAUUGUACAAAGCUGUGUUAAACAGAUUUAACAAACACCAUUUUCAGUAUCAUUUGUCCUCCAGUUUAAUGACAAUAAGAAGAAUUGAAGUAAAUCCUUCACAUAUACAUUAUAUGUGCUACUCCAAGAAAAAUAAAGUAAAUAAAAUGAACGACAUAUCAGUAAUUUUUUUUUCAACAGUAAAGCACAACUUGGUGCUAUAUGCUCGUGCUGAAUACCCUUAACAGUGCUGACCCAAAACUCAGUCCAUGCAAUAGUGCAACUCAUCAGCCAGAUUUGCUACACAUUGUUGAUUGUGCUAAUGCAGGGCUUACUUACUAAAACACAUUAUUCACUGGUUACGGAUAUAAAUCUUAGGUCAGCACUGAUUUCAUUGCUACUCCCAUGUCAAGAUUUUUGUGACGUCUACUCAUCAUCUUGUGAAAACUUCCAAAUUUGUUUGUAAUCAUGCUAGAAUAAAUAACCUCAAAUUGACAAA